AUGGCAGCCUCUCCAACCGGUGGUGGGCAGGAUAACUGGGGCCCUUCUGAUGACUCUGGUGUUGUCCGUGAGGCUGGAAACGGUGAAGCUCCUGGAGAUGAGCGUGGGCCAGAAGGUCACGACAGUGACUAUCCUCGCGGGUCUAGUCUCGGGCCUUCAGUCUCAAAAGGCGAACAUCAUCGCGAAAAGCAAGUCAAGCCGAACAAAGUCUACAUUGGCGGGUUACCCGAACACACGCGCAUGGAAGAUCUCCAAAACUGCUUCGGUCAAAUUGGCCGUAUCAUCAAUAUUGAACUAAAAGUCGGAUAUGGUUUCGUGGAAUUCGAUAGCCGUGCCGCCGCAGAAGAAAGUGUUGCAAAAUACCACGAAGGACAUUUCAUGGGCAAUAAGAUCCGGGUCGAGCUCUCGCAUGGUGGAGGGCGAACUGCCAAAUACGCGGGUGAUCCAGGAGCAUGCUUCAAAUGCGGCAAUAUGGGUCACUGGGCGAGAGAAUGUCCAAACAGUGGAGGUGGGCGUCGUGAUGACCGCCAUGACUAUACCCCACGUGACUCUCCUCAAGACUCUCGCCAUGACUAUGGUGGUCGAGAUUCACGGGACUAUCGUCGUGGCCCAUCUCCUCCACGUGACUAUCGAGACUACCCGCCACGAGCAAGAGAGUAUGACGAUUACCGUCGAGGUCCUGAAAGGGAUCGGUACGGGGCACCGCCACCUCCCCCUGACCAGUACCGCAGUGGCCGUUAUCCGCCUGAUUCUCGUUAUGGACCGCCUCCACCUUUGCCUCCGCAAUUCGACCGUUAUGACAAAAGAGGUCCUCGUGACGACUAUGACCGGCCUCCCCCUAGAGAAUUCAGUGAAUAUCGUGGUCGUCCUGCUUCUCCUCCUCGUUACGACUACUCUCGUGGGCCGCCUGAUGCUGGGGGGAGUCGCUAUAGGCGGCGCUCAGCAAGUCCUCCUGCUAGGUCCUCUGGUGGCUAUGAUCAAGGCUAUCCUGCUGGCGGCGGAGGCUACUCUAACAACGGUUACUCUGCGGCCCCCCCUUCUCGCUCUAGAGAUUAUGCGCCACCUCCUCGCAAUGGGGGCGGAGACAAUUACCGCCGCUCCUAA